AUGACCUCUGUCACUGCGAGUCUCCCUGUAGGAGACCAGGGCUCAAAAGAUUUAUCACAAGAAGCUCCAGCGCGACUGCAUGAUGAUGGGAUGUACCAUCCUGGUAAUGCUCGACUGGCAGUCGUGGCGGAUCCUCCCCAUGGAGUCGGUACCACGGAGACGAAGCCAAUAGCAACAGCAGACGCAGUGCUUGACGGGCACGGCUCGAGCGAGUCUGGAAUGCUUCGUGGAACAAUAACAGACACACUGCCCGACCCCAAGACCGCUGCUGUAAAACCCACGACCCUGCCGUCAGAAGUCCCCCUCGAUCUGCGUCAAGGACAUUUCGACCAUCCACUUCAACCUAUCGCCACAAUGACGACCUCGACAAACGCCUCAUCAUCAACGACAUCCUCGACCACCUCUUACAACUCUACGCUCCGUACCACCCUUCAUACCGUCUCGAUGCCGACCUCCACUCGGGCUAGUUCUACCACGAGCGCAUCCCAUGCAACCUCUACCUCAGCCCCCGCCGCCCUUCGCUGGGAAGCAAUGACCCCUGGCGCGCAAGCGGGGAUUGUCAUCUCGGCUGUGAGCCUCGCCAUCACCUUGAUCGGGAUAAUCUUCUGGUGGCUGUAUCGCAAGAAGCGGGCUCUGCUGAGGGCCAUCCGAGGGGAAGAGGCCCCGUCAUCGACGGAGAAGCCAAAUCCAGCGUACAGAUUCGCGUCAAAUCUGUAUACAAGCAGUACCUCCACGCUGGUCAAUGUAACGGAGAUCUUCAAGGCUUCCAGGGAGAAAUCACCGUCCCUCAAUGACAGAAGCAGCAGCAUUUACUCCAACCACCAGCCACGAAGCAACCUGUUCACCCUCGCAGCGGACAAGGUCAGACCACUACGAGGCAAAAAACAGCCCCCCGACAGGCGCAGCCGCUAUUCCCACGGCUAUGUCUUUGCACAGGAGUUCGAGCACGUCCCCCCACCGCCGCCGACGCGUCUGCAAAAGAUUGUUGCCGGUCUAUGCGCCAACGGUUCAUCGACGGUCAAAACAGUAACGGCACCGUUCAAAGCGCAGCCUCCACCGCCGAAAGACAGCGCGUCCUCAACGUGGAGCUCCAUGAGCAGUCGCACCCCAUACGCGCGCGCCUACGACAGCUACACGCAAGCGCAUCAGUUUCAGCCUCCAUGCGACAUCAGCGAUAACCUGGACCUGGUCAAAGUGCGGAGUGUUUCCUCGGGCACUGUCGCCAUGAGUAACCCCGCGGAGAUAAGCGUCGACGCACUGGCGGGACGUAUCUCGGGCGAGGGCAAGCGACACCAGGAGGCUGUCCGGGAGUCAAGCCCCUCGCCGUCGCAGUGCACCACGGCUCCAUCUCAGCGGCAGUCACCACCACCACGGACCUCGCGGGAGGGAAGCCCCGCGUAUUCUACGCGAGCGCCCUCCCAGAUGCAGCUGGAGGUGCCAUCGGUGAAACUGUGGACAAAGCAGGUGUACCGGGUCGAAAUGGACUUUACGUCGCGCAGCGACGGCCAACUGCAGGUUGGCGAGGGACAGAUGGUGCUCUUGGAGCAGAUCUUUGACGAUGGAUGGGCACUAUGCACUCUAACCGACGCCGAAAAGCAAGGGCUCCUCCCCCGCGCGUGUCUCUCCACCUGGCCCAUCAAGGAACGCCGACACUAUGCGUCCAGUAGCAACACAUCGGAGCGUGCUCUGGGCGUCUCGCCCACAGAUUCUCAGUCCUUCCGGUUCUACCGGCAACAGUCUCGACCAGGGACCCCAAAGCCAGCCACCGAGCCCAAACCGGUUACCGAGUCCAAACCGCCGAGCGUGAAGAAGCAGUCGAUCUCGCCUACGCUGUCGACCUUUUUCCGCCUGUAG